GUGCUGGUGAAUCGCACGGCAGCAGAGAGCAGCUGCAGAGGCUCGGCGAGCAAUGACCACGGAGCGACGGAAAGACGCAACAACACACACGCACACACACGCCAGUCUAUUUCGCUGGGUGAAUUAGUCCAAUCCAACGUCUAUUGUCGUAUUUUCGCGUUACAACACAUGCGUGGGAUUACGAAACACAUCGUCUCCCGAGCCUGAGAACCCAGCCGGCGGUGUAGGUUAGCCAAUGGUUACCGGGAGUGCUUCUUGCGGGCGGAUUAUUGGUCGUCGCCGAGCGAGUCGCAGGAUCCAGCCGGGAGGAGGAGGAGGCCCUGUCUCUGGCCGACUGAUGAAGAAGGAGAUGAUGAUGAUGAUGCUCGGCUUUCAUCGGCACGGUUCGCAGCGGGUGAACUGAACUCGGAUGUUCGGUCCACACCAGCCCUCCACAAAUCUUUUCCUCCUGCACUAACUUUAUAUUUCUUAAAAACUGGACGCCCCUGGGACACUUUAUGACGACCCUGGUAGGAGCGUGAUGAGCGCGCGCUUCCGUUGCCCCGCCGGCAGAUCCUACAAUGUGCGGGCGACGGAGCUGGAGCGCGAGCGGCACCACGCCCAGGUGCUCUGCAACAUCCUGCUGCUGGACCACUCCAUGCAGCCCUUCACCGUGUCCAAAUGUGACCUGGGCCAGGUGCUUCUGGACGCGGUCUUCAAACACCUGGAGCUGACAGAGAGGGACUACUUUGGUCUUCACCUGGCGGAGGACUCCUCAGACACGCUGCGCUGGCUCGACCCAAGCAAGCCCAUCAGGAAGCAGUUGAAAAGAGGGUCUCCACACAACCUGAGCUUCAGAGUCAAGUUCUUUGUGACUGACCCCGGCAAACUUCAGGAAGAAUACACACGAUACCAGUAUUUCCUUCAGAUCAAGCAGGAUAUUCUGACUGGAAGAUUACCCUGUCCGCACAACACAGCAGCUCUCCUGGCCUCCUAUGCAGUCCAGUCUGAGCUGGGGGACUACAGUGAGAGUGAGAACGCUCCUGGCUACCUGUCGGAGUUCUUCUUUAUCCCAAGCCCUCCCCAGGACUUCCACAAGGAGGUCACCAAACACCACCAGCAGCACAGUGGUCUCUCGCCUGCCCAGUCAGAGUUUAAUUAUCUCAAUACAGCGCGCACGUUGGAGCUCUACGGGGUCGAGCUGCACUAUGCAAGGGACCAGAGCAACACAGAGAUCCUGAUUGGUGUGAUGUCAGCCGGUGUUGUGAUUUAUAAAAACAGGGUACGGAUCAACUAUUUCCCCUGGUUGAAAAUCGUGAAGAUCUCCUUUAAGUGCAAACAGUUCUUUGUCCAGCUGAGAAGAGAGCCGAGCGAGACGCGGGAGACGCUGCUGGGCUUCAACAUGGUGAACUACCGGGCCUGUAAGAACCUGUGGAAGGCCUGCGUGGAGCACCACACCUUCUUCAGGCUGGACCGCCCCGUUCCCCCCCAGAAGAACUUCUUUACCCACUACUUCACCCUUGGCUCCAAGUUCAGAUACUGUGGUCGGACAGAGGUACAGUCUGUCCAGUAUGGGAAGGAGAAGGGCAUCAAAGACCGGGUCUUUGCCAGGUCUCCUAGCAAGCCAUUGGCUAGGAAGCUUGUGGACGGGACUGACUGGGAGUCGGUGAGCAGAACCAGCCUAUCAGAUGAGAGAUUGGAGACCCAGAGCCUGCCCACUCGUUCCCCGCCUGGAACGCCCAUCCACAGGAACUCUCUGUUCGUGCAGGAGGGCACUCGUAUGCGCCCCUCGUCGGUGGGCCACCUGGUGGACCACGUCAUCCACGCCUCGCCCAGCCUGCCCGUCUUCUCGUCCAAUCACAAGUCUGCCUCGUCCACGCAGGCCAACAGCAUCAGCCUCGACUCCACCCCGUCUCCCGAGGGCGUGGACGGCCUUCCCCCUGCUCUGCCCCCAAAGCAGCUGAGCAGGAAGACCCUGAGCCAGAUCAUCCAGGCCCACUCCCAGCAGAGCCUGCUGGACAACCACCUCAACGAGAUGUACGACGUGCCAGUCAACACCGACAAGACCACGCUGAACGGAGUGGUUCCCCAUGACAACCUGGUGCUCAUCAAGAUCAAGCCCGACGAGCACGGACGCUUCGGCUUCAACGUCAAGGGUGGAGCAGACCAGAAGAUGCCAAUCAUCGUGUCAAGAGUUGCUCCUGGCACAUCAGCUGACCUCUGUGUGCCACGCCUUAACGAGGGCGACCAGGUGGUCCUUAUUAACGGGCGGGACAUCUCGGACCACACCCACGACCAGGUGGUCAUGUUCAUCAAGGCCAGCUGUGAGAGCCACUCCGGCGAGCUCAUCCUAUUGGUCAGGCCAAACGCGAUCUACGACGUGGUGGAGGAGAAGGCGGACUCAGAGCCAGACUUCCAGUACAUCCCUGAGAAGUCGGCCCUGGACCCGGGGCAGACGGACCAGCACGCCUGGAGGGACUCCAUGGUGGCCCUGAAGGAAGGCCUGAUCAGCGGAGCCCUGCUGGCUCAGUUUGAUCAACUGUACCGGAAAAGGCCCGGGAUGACCAUGUUGUGUGCCAAAUUACCUCAGAACGUCUCCAAGAACCGCUACAGAGACAUCUCCCCCUACGAUGCCACGCGGGUCAUUCUGAAAAGCACAGAUGACUACAUCAAUGCAAAUUACAUCAACAUGGAGAUCCCCGCCUCCAGCCUGAUCAACCGCUACAUCGCGUGCCAGGGCCCGCUGCCCAACACCUGCCCUGACUUCUGGCAGAUGAGCUGGGAGCAGGGCUCCUCCAUGGUGGUCAUGCUGACCACCCAGGUGGAGCGAGGCCGGGUGAAAUGCCACCAGUACUGGCCCAACCCGGGGAACAGCGCCACCUACGGGGGCUUCUCGGUCACGUGCCACACAGAGGAGGGCAACGCUGCUUUCCUGGUCCGAGAGAUGACCCUCACACACACUCAGAGUGAGCAGGAGAGGGAGCUCACCCAGAUCCAGUACGUGGCGUGGCCCGACCACGGCGUUCCCGAUGACUCCACGGACUUCCUGGACUUUGUGGCGCUGGUCCGCAGCAAGCGGGCCGGACGGGACCAGCCCAUGGUGGUCCACUGCAGUGCUGGGAUAGGUCGCACGGGGGUGCUGGUAACCAUGGAGACAGCGUUGUGUCUGAUGGAGUACGGUCAGCCGGUCCACCCGCUGGACAUCGUGAGGACCAUGAGGGACCAGCGGGCCAUGAUGAUCCAGACCCCAAGCCAGUAUCGUUUCGUGUGCGAGGCCAUCCUGAAGGUGUUCGAGGAGGGGCUGGUCUCCCCCGUCAAGGCGGGACUCUUCCAGCCGAGGGAGAGGGAAGCGGAGGAGGAGCGGGGCGGCCAGGAGCUGGAGGCGGGGAACGACGGAGGGGAGGCUGGGCUGGAGGAGGACGAGGAGAUGGACAUGGACGGGGGUCUGGACCAGGACGAUGAUGACGAGGAUGACGACGAGGAUGAUGAUGAUGAGGAUGAUGAUGAUGACGAUGAGGAUGAUGAUGACGACGAUGUGGAGGUUUUGGACGUGGGACGGGUGGUGGAGGAGGAGGAAGAGGAGGAAGAGGAGCUUGAGGAGCCCAGCGUUGCCAGCGCGACGAGUGUGACCAGCGAGGCCAGCUUGAACCCUGAACCCCAACCCCAAUCUGAACCUGACCCCGUCGACCCAUGACCCUUUGACCUUUGGCAGAGGGGGAGUGGGAAACGAGGCUUGGGGGGCGGGAGGGUUGCACGAGGAAGUGGCCGGAGGAUUGAACAAAAAGCACUGUUGCACUUUACGCCGAUUUAGAGAAAAAGAACAAAAAAAGAGAGAAAACGGAAACGACAGAUAAAAAAUGAGCAAGCGACCAGAGCAAAGGAGGAGAAGAAACGCGAACCAGAUCUGGUGGAGGAGUAGAAUCCCAGCCGUGUUGAAUAGGUACCAUUAGGGACGCUGUGUGUUCUGGGUAAACUAAACAAUUAAAAAAAGAAAGAGAGGAAAACAUUGAGAGAGAGAGAGGAGACGAUAAACUGUAGUGGGGUGUCGCUGUAGUGCCAUACGUAUCAAGGGGAGGGGCGCCAACACUUUAGAUAGAGGUUGUUUUAUUCUACUUUCCUUUCUUUUGUACCGGCCUCUUCCCUCCUCUCGGUCAGAAGGUGUCUUCUUUUUCGUUUCUUAUUUUACAUUUUACUCCUCGUCCUUCUGGCUGAUAGAGAAUGAACUGUGUUUUGCUUCUUUUUUUUUUUUAAAGAGUAUUUAUUGUGUUUUAUGUUGGUGUCCGAGCUUGUUCCCCAAACACGACAAGUUGUCCGUUUUUGUUAGUGCGAGUCUAGCUCCCCUGGUGAAAUCAUAGCUGUUAAAAAUCGUAGUGUGAUUCCUUAACUCCCCAACUCUUAAUUUCCUUUUUUAAUCCUUCGUAACUAAAAGAAAAAGAAAAGACAGUGGUUUUUAAUUUAUUGUUCUUGAUUUGAUGCUUUGCUCUGCUUUCUCCGCCAACCCCCCCGGAUGGUCAGCGAGACGGAGAGAAGCACUUAGGGUCUCAUCUUGUUCCCCCCCCCUACCCCUCCCCCGCCUUGUACGCUUUGUGUGAGAGCACACACACGCACACAAAUAAAACACAUGCACAUACAGACGGAAAGGCAGAAUACACACAUCACACAUACAAACACUCACUCAUAGCCACACACACACACUCAUAGCCACAAACACACAAACACACACACACACACGUAUGGAUACAAACACAUGCACACAAAUACACACACGCGUACGUAUGUAUAAAAAUACACACAAAUACACACGUUUAUCUCUGUCCAUUUCCGUUGGCUAUUGAAUAAAACCGGUUUCUAAGCUUCAGGUCAUCCGUCUGUCCAGGACACCCGUCUGUCCGGGCAGCGCCUGUAGUCAGGGGCGACCGCGGUAGCAAUGUCAUUACAGAGAAAGUUCCCAACUUCAACAACCAGUAUAUCUUCUAUACACCAACAACGCCAAGAGGGUGGGGUUUAAAAUUCGGUUGGUGUCCUUAGUUUACCCCAGCAAUCUCUGUGUCCCAGAGAGUAAAUUAAUAUGCUGAAACGCGAUGCUUCAAAACCAGUAUCAGGGCAAUAAGUGCGUAUAAGCGUGUUUUAAAAACUCCUUAAGCUAUCUCCUGGCAUUCCCCUGUUCCCCAACCAGUCCCGAGUGCGUCCGAACCAGCAGCAGCGUUUACCCAGUCUGACCAUUAAAGCGGUACGUUAAUAACUCAUCAUGAUUUUAAUUCAUAUUUUUCAAUUAAAUGUAUUUUAUCCAUCAAAGAUAAUGUAAUCAGGGGAGAUCGACUGAUGAGGGUGUGUUUUGUGAGAGCGACUGGCAGUUUAAAAUGCUGCCGUCCCUUGAUUCAAAUAUUUGAAUUAUUUAAUUUUAAAUACUGACUGAGCUUCGGGUACUCUUCUCAUUAUUGACUUUAGUGCGUGCUUACAUCCUCCUGGAUAAGCCUACUGCGUGCGUGUCUUUGUGUGGCUGUUGUAUGUGCUCCUCGGCUGCCCUGUGUCUCCCCUCAUCAUCGUCAUCAUCAUUGCUGGUGUUCAGUGACGUGUCUUAUUUCCAUGCGUCUUAUCUCCAGUGUGAUACUGAUUUUCCAUUAGCGUUUUCUUUGAGAAACGGGCGAAUCCGCCACCCGUGUGCGCUGGUUCCUAUCCCAUAGGACCCCGGUCCCAUAGGACCCCCCUCCCGCCACAUAGCCCGGCGGUUCGAGCUAUACCUGAGCUGAUGGAAAAGCUGCAUGGGGUCAACCGACCGAUCCUACCCGCGCCCGCACUGCAGGGUUCUCGCUAGUCACACAUGAGCACCCUCAAACUCUUCCUGAUAUCAGAGAGAGAGAGAGAGAGAGAGACCCCCCUCCCUCCCUCCCUCCCUCCCUCCCUCCCUCCCUGUGUGUCAGCCCCCCUAUACAGCCAAUCAUCUCUUAAGGCCACUCAGACACAAACCCAUCUGCCUCACCUUCACAUGAGUUCUUCCCAAGGCCUCCAUGUUGGAUCCAGUUACACAGAUCCAACACUCUGCUUCAGUCUGCAGAGUUGGAAGGCAACAGUAAACGCAUAAGACAACACAUCUCAUUGUUAACAUGAGGGCCUACAGGGGCUAUUUUUUUCUUUUUGAAUGCUUGAUUGGUUGAUUGAUUUGUGGUGUUGUUUUUGUUUUUUACAAUUGAACAAGAGUAUUUUAAGCUUGAAUCGCUCCGACAAAUGAAUCAUCAAAAAGGUUAAAUCAAGUCAAUCUUCAAGGAUUAUUUUAAUUCUGGUAUUUUUUUGGUUGUGCUUUUUAAUUUGCAGUUUAAGCCAGAAGAACAGGUUUUUAUAACUGGAUGAAACUUAAAAAAAACUAAACUUUGAGACUGCCAUCCUGUUAUCCUGAGGUGAUGAUGUUAAAAAUAAUCACAAGACAUUCAACCUUUUUCCCAAGAGGAAUGACAGGAAUCAUGACUCGAGACAGGAAGUAUACAGCAACAUUGAAAAGUUUUUGUUGUUUUUUUCCCUUUAUGUGAAAAUCUGAGUUGGGGGCGUAUCUUAAGAUUUCAUGUUCACAAAUGUCCAGCAAUGAGCGUUCUCAUAAUGUUCCAAGUGUUGUGUUUCCCAACAUAGAGGGUACUGGUGCGUGUGCGUUUAGGGUACUGGUUAGCGGUCGCCUAAAGGGGAGGGCGAGAGGGGUUAGCUGAAUGGUAUUUUUGUAACGAAUAAGAAAAAAAUAAAUGAGACGCAUUCUAGCUAACUAGAGAAAGGACGGCACUUUGCAGAAAACGGUAGUGCUACUGAAAAAUAAGUCUGAGACCGAAAAAGGGUCCUCUUCGAUCAGUUGUCUUUUUUUAUUUAUCGUUUUAUUUUUUUGUUUUUGUUUUAAAAAAAAUAAAAUAAAGACACCUGUAGGGAACAAGAAACAAAUAGAGAACUCCUAACUUCACCGUGCCACUUGUUUAUUUUGUGUAAAUAAUACUAGACCUUGUAAAUACAAUGUUGUAUAUGAAAAAUAUUUAAAAUAAAAGGGAAAAUCAUUUGUGAGUUGAAA